CACGAAGAAGACUGAAACCGGCAGCGAAUGUAGUCAAAUAUGGGCAUGUCACCGGUGAGAGCCAGCUCGCUUUGACAGUCUGAAGUGGAGAGGCUGAAGAUGCCACUUCCUCCUCCUCCUCCUCCUCCUCCACUUCCUCCUCCUCCUCCUCCAGCAGCAGCCUCAGGUGCUAAGAAGAAGCUGUACCAGACCAUAGCCAGCAGCAGGGUUCCUGUGGAGGGGGAUCACACCGAGGCCUGCCUGCUGCUCAGGCAGAGGGAGAGCUGUUUCAGGCAGGAUCUGCAGUGGUUACUAGUAAACGCGUACGUGCCUUCCCUCAUCCAAGACGGCCCCCAGUGUGGUUUGGUGGCUCUGUGGAUGGCUGCUCACCUGCGACGGCCACAGCUGACUGUCGACAUGGAGGCGGUGGUUCAGACCGCAGUGAGAAGGGGCUACACUGCCCAGGGGGAGAUGUUUUCAGCGCACAACAUGGCCCUGUUGGCGGGAGAGCUCUGCGCCUGUAAGGCCGAGCUGCUGUCGGGAGGUUUGAGCGGCGGAAACGCGGCAGCCAUCAUCAAACACCUGUGGAGCGGACAGCCUGUUCUCAUCCCGUAUGAUGAGGACUUCAACCAUGAGCCGUGCCAGCGCGACGGUCACAGGGCGCACUGGGCCGUCGCUUCGGGUGUGCUUCUCGGCUUGGACCGGGGGAGUGUAAACGACGAGCACGCUCAGCCCAGUCCCACGCUGCCCUGGCUCUACGUCACCAGCGGCAACCACCUCCCUUGUCCCGUUGACAGCGCCACAGAGGUUUACAUCCUCACCAAGCAGGGUAAGAGCCUGCGCUACCAGCUGUGGAGUUUGGACAGCGUCGCCCAGAGCAACGGGCAGCUGAGGGUGAUGGACCCUGUGAGAGCCAGCGACGGGGUCCGGUACGUGGUUCCUGAAGGAGGAGUGGAGGUCGGGCUCGCAGGACAGGCGGUUCUGCUCCACACAAGGACUGAGGAGCAGGAACCAAAGUGACGCGGCUCAGAACCACAGCUUCAUCUGGUGGAGCGUCCUCCUGAACUGUCCUGAUGCAACGUUAGCAUCGAUGAAUGCUUCCCAGAAGAAGCAGGCUUCCUUUUGUCCAGAGCCAAAAGGGCCACAAUCCAACAAAUACAUGUUUUUACAAAUAAA